AUGAGAAUAUACUUGUUUUCAUUCUUGAUCCCAUUUGUAUUUUCUUUAGAAUAUCAACUAUUCGACACAUCCCAACUUUCACCAUCCUCAUUUUUUGAACAAUUCGAUUAUGAAACUUUAAAAUCAUCUCCUUGGGAGCUUUCAAAAUCAAAGAAAUUUGAUGAAGGAAGAAAAGAAAUGAUGGCAUAUGAAGGAGAAUGGGAACUAAAAGAUUCAGAUUCUAAAGUUGCACGUGGAUUAGAUGGAGAUAAAUCAUUAACUAUGAUGUCUAGAGCAAGACAUCAUGCUAUCACAAGAUUUUUGGAUAAAGAAGUUUCAGGAACUAAUGGAGUUUUCGUUGUUCAAUACGAAGUUAAGUUUGAAAAUUCAAUUGAUUGUUCAGGUUCAUACAUUAAGUUAUUUUCUGCAGAAUCCCCUGAAGAUCUUUCAUUUGAUUCAUACGAGGUGAUGUUUGGUCCAGAUAUUUGUAGUACAUCAAAUUCCAUAAAAAUGUUACUUCAUGAUGGCGACGUUUCUUUGAAACAUCCACCAAUGGCUCGUAAAGACGAACUUUCAAAUCUAUACACAUUGAUUAUCGAUAACGGGAAACUUUCUAUCAGAAUCAAUGGACAAGUAGCAAAAGCUGGAAAUAUCACUAAUCCAAGAUUUGUCAAGAAUAGUUCUAAAUUCACAAAUAUUGAACCUAUUACUGCCAUUGGGUUUGAGUUAUGGCUGAUGGAUGCCGGCAUUCUGUUUAAUAAUAUCUACGUGGGAAAUAGUAUUGAAGAAGCUGAAUUGAUUGGUAACUCUACCUGGAAACCAAAAUAUGAAUUGGAAGUUGUUCAAAAAAGAGAAUAUAGAAACAAUUUAAAAAUUAAACACCCACCUGCUCCUCCUCCAAAAAGUUUUGAUGAUCUCAUAGAAGAGGAAAAGAUUGAUUUCCUUAGUUAUUGGUAUUUGAUCUUCCCAUUAAUUUUCAUUGCUAUUUUCUUUGCUUCUAGAUAG